UCAUCAGCCACAGAACCUUUCACAAACCAGGAAUGGGUACUGAGGAUAAAACAGAUAUUUACAGUGUGGAGAUAAGUGGAGUAAAGGACGUGGAGAAACACGCACAAAAUGGAAAUGAAGGAGAGAAUUACAAAGAUCUCAAGAAGAAAAAACAAAAGAAAAAAGGCAAGAAAGUGGAUGAUUUGAAACAAGAACUAGAACUGGAAGAUCAUAAACUUUCUGGGGAAGAACUAGAAGAUAAAUAUGACACAAGUGUUCAAAAAGGUCUCAACAGUGCAAGAGCUGCAGAGAUUCUGGUUCGUGAUGGUCCCAACGCACUCACCCCUCCCAAGGGAACUCCAGAAAUUGUCAAAUUCCUCAGGCAAAUGAUAGGAGGCUUCUCGCUCCUACUGUGGGCUGGCGCGGUUCUAUGCUGGAUCGCCUAUGGAAUCCAAUAUUCUCAGGACAACACUAUCGCCAGGGACAAUUUAUAUCUGGGUGUAGUGUUGGCGGUAGUCGUCAUUCUGACCGGCUGUUUUGCUUAUUUCCAAGAAGCUAAGAGCACAAAUAUCAUGUCCAGCUUUAAUAAGAUGAUACCACAGCAAGCACUAGUUACUCGAGAUGGAGAGAAAAUCGAGAUUCCAGCAACUGAGUUGGUAGUGGGAGAUCUCGUAGACAUCAAAGGAGGGGAUCGAAUUCCAGCUGAUUUACGCAUUCUCUUUGCCCAAGGCUGUAAGGUGGAUAACUCUUCUCUUACGGGAGAAUCUGAAGCCCAGCCCCGAUCUAAUGAAUGCACCCAUGAAAAUCCCCUUGAGACCAAGAAUAUUGCUUUUUACUCCACCACAUGCCUGGAAGGUAUUGCUCGAGGUAUUGUGAUUAACACAGGGGACAGAACCAUCAUUGGUCGGAUUGCUUCAUUGGCUUCGGAAGUGGGCAAUGAGAAAACUCCUAUCGCUGUGGAAAUCGAGCACUUUGUGCACAUUGUGGCGGGAGUAGCAGUUUCCAUUGGCAUUAUAUUUUUUAUCAUUGCAAUGUGCAAGGGAUACUCUGUUCUCAACUCCAUCAUCUUUCUCAUUGGUAUUAUUGUGGCCAAUGUGCCCGAAGGACUCUUAGCCACAGUGACGGUGACACUUUCUUUGACAGCAAAGCGCAUGGCCAAGAAAAACUGUCUGGUGAAGAAUUUGGAAGCUGUAGAAACAUUGGGCUCAACAUCCAUUAUCUGCUCUGACAAAACAGGAACCCUUACUCAGAACCGCAUGACUGUCGCACAUCUUUGGUUUGACAAUCACAUCCACGCUGCAGACACUAGUGAACAGCAGACACAUCAUUCAUUUGAUCAGACAUCAAAGACCUGGGAAGCACUAUGCAAGGUUGUAACACUCUGUAACCGUGCUGAAUUUAGGGCUGGUCAAGACGAUGUCCCAGUUAUGAAGAAAACAGUUGUAGGAGACGCUUCCGAAACAGCCCUCUUAAAAUUCUCUGAAAUUAUUACCGGAAAUGUUAUGAAUAUUAGGGAAAAGAACAGAAAAGUGGCAGAAGUACCAUUUAAUUCCACAAAUAAAUUUCAGCUCUCUAUCCACGAGAGUGAUGACCCCCAUGAUAAGAGAUUCCUGUUGGUCAUGAAGGGCGCUCCAGAAAGAAUCCUAGAAAGAUGUUCCACCAUCAUGAUAGGGGACAAAGAGCAACCUCUGGAUGAGACCAUGAGUGAAUCUUUCCAAACUGCAUACAUGGAACUAGGAGGGCUUGGAGAAAGAGUGUUAGGUUUUUGUCACCUGUAUCUUCCGGAAGAUGAAUAUCCGUCAACCUACCCAUUCGACAUCGAGUCAAUGAACUUUCCAACCUCAAAUCUUUGCUUCAUUGGUCUCAUGUCAAUGAUUGACCCACCUCGGUCAACUGUGCCAGAUGCUGUGUCGAAGUGUCGGAGUGCUGGUAUCAAGGUUAUAAUGGUUACUGGCGACCAUCCGAUCACUGCCAAAGCUAUCGCUAAAAGUGUCGGGAUCAUUUCUGCUGGUAGUGAAACUGUGGAGGAUAUUGCUGCACGGCUUAACAUUUCUGUAGAACAAGUCGAUAAACGUCACGCUAAAGCUGCCGUAGUGAGUGGCGGGGACCUGAAAGACAUGUCGUCUGAGGACCUUGAUGAGAUUUUAUGCAACCACGCAGAAAUUGUGUUUGCUCGGACUUCACCGCAACAAAAGCUUAUAAUAGUGGAGGGCUGUCAGAGACAGAAUUUUAUUGUGGCUGUGACUGGAGAUGGGGUGAACGACUCCCCUGCUUUAAAGAAGGCAGAUAUUGGCAUUGCCAUGGGAAUCGCAGGAUCAGACGCAGCAAAAAAUGCAGCCGAUAUGAUUUUACUUGAUGAUAAUUUUGCCUCCAUUGUCACCGGAGUUGAAGAAGGACGUCUCAUUUUUGAUAACAUAAAAAAAUCCAUUGGCUACACUCUGACGAAGAAUAUUGCUGAACUUUGCCCUUUCCUAAUUUAUAUCAUCGCAAGCAUUCCUCUUCCGAUUGGAACAAUUACCAUUCUGUUCAUUGACUUGGGGACAGACAUUAUUCCCUCUGUGUCAUUUGCCUACGAAAAAGCAGAAAGAGACAUCAUGAACCGUAAACCUCGGAGGAAGAAUAUUGACCGUCUGGUGAACUUAAACCUAGCUUUAUACGCAUAUGUGCAAAUUGGGAUUAUACAGUCUGUUGGUGCAUUCCUUACUUACUUUACGGUCCUCGCACAACAAGGAUUCUUGCCUUAUACCCUCAUUGGUAUCCGUGUGCCGUGGGAGAGCUUAAAUGAACAAGAUUUGCAAGACAGUUAUGGACAGGAGUGGACCUUUGCGCAGCGUCAGUUCUUGGAGUGGACGGUAUACACUGCCUUUUUCAUCGCCAUAGUUACAGAGCAGCUGGCUGAUCUGUUAAUAAGAAAGACAAGAAGAAAUUCUCUGUUUCAGCAGGGGCUUUUUGGCAAUAAAUUUUUAUUAUUUGGGAUGGCGUCACAGAUCAUCAUUGGAGCCUUCAUGUCUUACUGCCCAGGAAUGCCAUAUGCCCUGAAGUUCUGCCCACUACGGGUUCAAUACUGGUUUUGUGCAAUCGGUUUUGUCUUCCUAAUCAUUGUAUAUGAUGAAGUCCGUAAACUUUUCAUUCGACGCUACCCAGGCAGUUGGUGGGAUAAGAACAUGUAUUACUGAAUCUACCAAAGUGAUCUUGUCCUCUCUCUGGUCGAGCGGACUCUAUUUGACCCAACAAUGGUCCUUUAUGUAAAAUACUUUGAUUCUAUACUCAAUAUUUGAAUGGCUGUUCCAUCUCCUAUUUGUUGAACAAAUUAGGAUUACUGAAUGCCUCCUGUAAAUAAUUAUGUAUAAAGAAGAAAAAAAAAGAAAAAUGCCUAUUUUAACAUAAAAAUGUGAAAAGUGUAAAAAAUACCUGAAUUGUUCUUUUAUUAAACAAAGGAUUACAGAUUUGGAAUUUUUUUU